CACCGGGGACGCAGCUUCGCCAGCGACUCGAGAAUCAAACGGAGCGGAAAAUAGGUUUAGCUUGGUAGUAAAUUGGAAAAUCGGGAAAAAUCUCAGAAAAUGCUAGUGCCUCUAGUGCCACUUUUGUUGGCCCUUCUGGGGGCCCAGGCCCAGCAGUUUGGCAAAGCCAUCAUGCAUUUUGGCAACUGCAAUUCUGUGGAGUUCGGCAGGGGGACCUGCAUCGAGAAGAAGGACUGCGACUUCUUCGCCGUGGACAAGCUAACGGACUUGGCCAGCAAACAGCAGUGUUUCUCCCGCCAGCGACCCAAUCUGGUUUGCUGUCCCCGCGAGACGAACAUUAUCCCGCCAUUGAGUCCCAGGAUGGGUAACGUAACCACCAAUAGCGGCUCAGUGAACACCCCCCAAGGCAUCAGCAGCUCCACUCCGCUGAGGCUGUUGGCCCGCACCACGCCUCGCCCACCCAGCGGGAUCGAUCAGCUACCACAGCAUCCGUACUGCGGAUCGGCCUUUUCGUUCCGAGUAGUUGGAGGUCAACACACCGGACUCUUUGAGUUCCCGUGGACCACCCUGCUGGAGUACGACAUGGUGGGUGGGGGCAAAGACUACGCCUGCGGAGCAUCCUUCAUAGCCCAAAGAUGGCUGAUAACGGCUGCCCACUGCAUCGAAGCGUUCGGUAGAAAUCUCACAGCUGCCAUUCUAGGAGAAUGGAACCGGGACACCGAUCCGGACUGCGAGGUCAACCUGAGUGGCGUACGGGAAUGUGCUCCGCCGCACAUACGGGUGACCAUCGAUCGGAUAUUGCCGCAUCCGCAGUACUCGGAUAAGAACUAUAGGAACGACAUUGCCUUGCUCCGCUUGUCGCGUCCGGUGAAUUGGCUGCAAAUGAAGUACCUGGAGCCCGUCUGCUUGCCUCCGCAGAGGGGCAUCAAUGCCAAUCAGCUGGCGGGCUCAGCCGCCGAUGUAUCCGGCUGGGGCAUGACGGAAUCCAGCGGCAGCAGCAAGAUAAAGCGAAUGGCCAUGCUGCACAUUCAGCCCCAGGACGAGUGCCAGGAGGUCUUCUAUAAGGACACUAACCUCACGCUCGCCGAUAGUCAAAUGUGCGCCGGCGGUGAGAUCGGUGUGGAUUCCUGCAGCGGCGACUCCGGCGGACCACUGACCGUAGAGGCCAGUACGCCGGGCGGCAAUCGGUAUGUCUAUCUGGCCGGAGUGGUCUCCAUUGGGCGGGAACAGUGCGGCAAGACGCAGUUUUCCGGAGUCUAUACUCGGGUCAGCAGCUUCAUGGACUGGAUUGAGACCACCAUUCGGGCGAAUCGCGUUUAGGUGGCUUUCAUGGGCUUCCAUAACUCAAAGCAAAGAUCAUAUUCUGACCAUAAAUGAAAUUAAAACAAUUUUUUGAAAUAUA